AUUAAUUGGCAGAAAAAAAAAACCAUAGACAAUACACUAACAAAUAGCAAAAGGACGCGUCUAAAUAAAUUCCAGAUGGAAAUGAAUGAACUUAAUAGUUGUGAUGUGCAGGAGAACGCGGAAAUGAGUGAUGCUCAAUCAGACGAUGUCGAACCGUAUAUAUUAGUCAAAGAUGAAUCAAACAAUAUUACAAUCUUUAAAGGAAAUUCACAAAUCUUUCUUCCUCAAUUAAACCACUGCACAGAACACUCUGAUCUCUUUUUAUUAGAAGACGAUACCCUCGUUAAACCUGGAGAUAAAUUUGCCACACAUGAUGAUUUUGUGCAGUACAUUAAUGAAAAUGCUAAAAGAUGGUGUUUCUAUUACAAAUGUGUUGACUCGAGGAAGGCUACAGAACAAGAAUCAUAUUUAUAUACAUGCAUUUACCUAAAAAAUAAAGAAAAAUAUGUUAAAAAGGGUAUCAGAAAAAGGACCAAUAAUUUAAAGACUGACUGUCCGUGCAAGAUAAAACUGAGAAGAUUACCUAAUGAGGACGAAUUGACGGUGGUGUUUGUUUGCAAUCAUCAUGACCAUCCUCUUUCUGAAGAGGAGUUCUUUAAAUUGCAACACGGCAGACGUUUGCCGCCAUUCGUAAGAGAAGAGAUAAUGGACAUGUUAGCUUUAAAAGUGAGUCAUGCAAAAAUCAGGAAAUAUGUUCACAUGGAGACUGGGUUUAAAAUGAGUCAUUCAUUUUUCUACACAUUGGAAAGGAACAUGAAAACAAGAAAUAUUAAAAGAGACAUACCACUCACGAGGUUCAAUGAAUUGUCUGAAAAAAUUAAAUUGGUUGAUGCAACAUAUGAUGAUGAUGAAGACUAUACCAGCAAAAAACUAGAAAAUAGCUUAAAGAAUCGUAAAAGAAUAAAUUUUGAUGAUAGUCCUGACUAUUUUCUAAGUGAAGAUGAUCUUCAGGAAUCGUUUAGAUGCAGUGGCGACGAAAGCAUUUGGAAUGAUGAAUGUGAACAAAAAAGAUCUCCAAAAAAACAAAAAAGUAAAAGAAUUCGAACCCAGAAGUACAACAUGAGUAAUAAUGAUCACGGAAUAGUUGAAGACUCUAUAACAGAAAACAGUAUAGACGAGAACUAUAUUGCUUAUGAAACUGUUGUCGCAGACGAGGAAACCAAUGUUGACAGUAAAAAAAACACCAAAAGCAUCAAAGAAUCAAAUGAUUUAGUUACAGAAAUAAUAGGCAAUGAUGACAACGCUUAUGUGAUCAGUGAAUAUGUCGAAGAUGGAGAAUCUAUAACUUACAUCUAUAGCAACCAAACGAUUGAUCCUGAAAAUGGUACGAUCGGCUGUAUAGACAGCGAGGGUAAUGUUGUAUACAAAAAUAAUACUGCUGACGGUACCACAGAAUUGAUCGAUUACAAUAGUACAGAAGUUAUAGAAUAUUUAGAAGAUGUAGAAGGUAUUAGUGAAAACGACCCCAAACCUGGAACAUCCAGUGCUCAAGCACAGGAAAAUGGAGCGAACACGCCGAAUUCGCAGGUCCUGCCUGUAUUCGACGUGUAUAUGAAAGACGGUAACGUUACCGGUUUCGUUUUAAAUGAUGACGCCAUACACAAAUUGAGAAAUGACGCCAGUGAUAAGGCUGUACAAACAGAAGACAAUAUGAGUGAACCUAAUUUAAAAAAUAUGCCAGAGUUUCGCAAAUCGGACGCGAUCACAGAAAAAGUAGGCGACACAAUACUGAGGCACGAGUACAUACACAAAUACAACAUCGAUAAAUACAUGUUGCAGCCCUAUUUCCCGAAAUAUAUCGAGAUGCUCUCGAAGGAACUCCGAUUGAACGUUUUGCAAAUGUUCACGAACAUUUACUUGGAGAAGGCAAUGUUCAAAAUGACGACUACACAGAAAGGGAAAGAGGGGAAUACGAAGAUAUUUUAUUUAACGAAUACACCUCGUACUGGAAGGAGGUCAGGCGAUGUGGUCCCCAACGGAGAAGAGUCUGGGCGACUUUUAGUCGACGUCCUGUUGCUCAGAGAGAAAGUAAGGGAGUUGAAGAGGAAAAAUCAAGAGCUGGUAAUCAUCAACAAACAGUUGGAAGAGUUGACGCACGCAAAUCAAUAUAACAGUUGAAAUUGAUUUCGUUGUUGUGGAAUUGUUACGAUGAGAGUAGAUGAUAAUAUUAGUAUUUUUUUAGAUUAACUAUGCUUCAACAGUUUUUUUUUUAAACAAAUUAGAAAUAUUACAUCUCUAUGUUCGUUCUUAAAAAGGCCAAAAAAAAUAUACGAAACCACGCCAGUUGGGUCUUUAUUUGUAAAUAUUGUAAUUACGAUAAUUGAUGUUAUUAAAUAAGCAUUUCUUUUAACUUGUAAGGAUUGUAAAAUAUAGUUAUUUAGAUUUUUUAA